CCUGAUUGGAUCAUUGUUGUCUUCCAAUACGUGUCUGUCUGCUUUGUUUUCUUGCAGACGAUCAUCGAGCUGUUUGUGAACAGGCUGGAUUCAGUGGAGUCUGUUCUGCCAUAUGAAUAUACUGCGUUUGACUUUUGCCGCGAGAAAACAGUGAAACGUCCAUCAGAGAAUCUGGGCCAGGUUCUUUUUGGGGAGAGGAUUGAAGCCUCACCAUACAAGUUUGAGUUCAAGAACCCCGCCGCGUGUCAGAAGGUGUGCACCAGAACCUACGACACCACCAACCCAACAGAAAAAUCCAAACUGGAAUUCCUCAAGAAAGGCAUGUUACUCAACUACCAGCAUCACUGGAUUGUGGAUAACAUGCCGGUCACCUGGUGCUAUGAUGUCGAAGAUGGACAGAAGUUCUGUAACCCUGGAUUCCCUAUUGGCUGUUACGUCACAGAAGCAGGCCGACCCAAAGAUGCCUGCGUGGUCAAUUCUAACUUUAAUGAAAAGGAUGCCUUUUACAUCUUUAACCAUGUGGACAUCACCAUCCAUUACCACAUCGUUGAGCACGAACAACUUGGAGCUCGAUUGGUUGCUGCAAAGAUUGAACCCAAAAGCUAUGAAAAUCCUAAUGAUGACAGCCCUGAUUGCUCUGGGGGGCCAAAGUUCCUGAAAAACAAACAAGCAGGAGUGUUCAAGAUCCCAUACACUUACUCUGUCAGAUUUGUGGAAGACAAAAAUAUUCGCUGGGCGUCUAGAUGGGACUACAUCCUGGAGUCAAUGCCUCACACCAACAUCCAGUGGUUCAGCAUAAUGAACUCGUUGGUGAUUGUUUUGUUCCUGUCUGGAAUGGUAGCCAUGAUCAUGCUGCGGACUCUCCAUAAAGACAUCGCCAGAUACAAUCAGAUGGACUCUGUGGAGGAUGCCCAGGAGGAGUUCGGAUGGAAGCUGGUCCACGGAGAUGUUUUCCGACCUCCCAGGAAGGGAAUGCUGCUGUCUGUUUUCCUCGGCUCUGGAACGCAGAUCUUCAUUAUGACCUUUGUCACCCUUUUCUUUGCCUGUCUUGGGUUCCUCUCUCCGGCAAACCGUGGGGCUCUGAUGACUUGUGCUGUUGUUCUCUGGGUCCUUCUGGGAACCCCUGCUGGAUAUGUGGCUGCUCGCCUCUACAAAUCUUUCGGAGGAGAGAAGUGGAAGACCAACGUUCUGCUGACAGCCUUCCUCUGCCCUGGGGUGGUAUUUGCAGAUUUCUUUGUGAUGAACUUGAUCCUGUGGGGCGAAGGGUCUUCAGCAGCCAUGCCAUUUGGGACCCUGGUAGCCAUAUUGGCCCUUUGGUUCUGUAUCUCAGUGCCACUGACCUUUAUAGGAGCAUACUUUGGCUUCAAGAAGGCAGGGAUUGAGCACCCAGUGCGGACGAAUCAGAUUCCUCGUCAAAUCCCAGAGCAGUCAUUCUACACAAGGCCUUUCCCUGGGAUCAUCAUGGGUGGAAUUUUGCCUUUUGGAUGUAUUUUUAUUCAGCUGUUCUUCAUACUAAACUCCAUCUGGUCCCACCAGAUGUACUACAUGUUUGGCUUCCUUUUCCUGGUCUUCAUUAUCCUGGUCAUCACCUGCUCUGAGGCCACCAUCCUGCUCUGCUACUUCCACCUAUGUGCUGAGGACUACCAUUGGCAGUGGCGUUCCUUCCUGACCAGUGGCUUCACUGCUGUCUAUUUCCUGGUCUAUGCCGUUCAUUACUUCUUCUCGAAGCUGCAAAUCACUGGACUGGCCAGCACCAUCUUGUACUUUGGAUACACCAUGAUCAUGGUUCUCAUCUUUUUCUUAUUCACUGGUACUAUCGGCUUCUUUGCCUGUUUCUGGUUUGUUACAAAGAUCUACAGUGUGGUCAAAGUGGACUGAAGGAUACAAAAGCACAACGGACUAUACAUGAGGUUACGUUCUCCCAUCAACCUUUGGAGCAUUCAGCACUGUCAAACUGAACGGAGAAUUACAACCUGAACAUUCACCUCCUCGUGCAGAGAGGCCUCCGGCCGACGAGAGCAUGUGUACACUGGGUUGUAAUUUUGUACAUACAGUAUCUAUCUGCAUAUAAUCUGAAUGAAAUGAAUCAUAACUGUACACGCCUCUUCCCAAUAUGUGACACACAGAAAGGUUAGUUUAUACCAUGCUACCUUCACAGAGUGCAGUGAGCUAUUGGCGUUGGACUGUCCACAGACUGUGUCAGCGGUCAUGUCAUGCAUUUUAGGUUUGUUUCAAAAUCCGUGCACACUGUUUGCAGAAUUAUAGUCCUACAAAUAAAACUGUGAGGGUGUGCUUCUUGACGGCUACUUCCUCUCACUGGUGAUAUUAAAUGUGUGCACAGGUGUGGAAUAUGCCGGUGUUACUAUUUUAAAUGUGAUUUUUGUGCAACGCAUCUCUGAAGAAGCUUUAGCAAUCUGCAGUCGCACGUUGUGUCUAAAAAAUGUGUCUACGUGCACAUUUCUACACAGUUUAUGUCUAAAUGGGUCUAUAUGGCUGUUCCUUUCUAAAGGCUACUCCAACUGCAGCCGCUCCUUUUGUUUAAAAUUUGAAGGUGACAACUUGUGAGUGCUUUGUCGUUCCCACUUUUCUCAAAGUAUUGUGGAACAGUUAUCAUUUCUGAGUUUCCGGGAUGAACUGAUGAAGUCUGACGUUUUGGAAGUCAUAGUUUGACCGCUUGUGCACAGUGCAGGGCAAUAUGAACCUAUUUCAGAGAAAGUAUUACAUUCUGAUCUAUCAGAAAGCCAGAAAGUCCAGUCCCACUUUGGCGCUAGGGGCAUGUUGAUGUGUCAGGAUACAUCCUUGUCCUGUUUCCCAGCAACAACUUGUAUUCUCGCUCCAAACAAGCUGCAAUGUUAACGUACUCGCUCCUGAGAGAGCUUCUUCUCAGCCACUCAUUUUGUCUGCAUGAUGUGUUCAGUGUGUGCUGAGAGCAAGAAAUUUAAUCAUGCUCCAGUCAGCGUGCCAUGCCAUCACACAAAGCACACACAAAUGCUUUGUGUGAGUCUUUAGUUUAGCUUAAGACUCAUGGGAGCUGUAAUUCUUCAGCUAGGGCCAACAAAUCUUACCAGCAGGCAGUAGUUAAAUACCCAUUAGGCUUACAUUUAGCGCAGAAAACAUGAAUAUCAUGUUGGCUCAGCUUUUUAAAAAGACUGAUUAAAAAAACAACAAAAAAAAAAAACACUUUGCUGCAAAAAUACAAGGUUAUCCCCAGGCUAGUGGUAUACAAGUAGUGGAAUCCUGUAGUAAUUUCAUUUCUCUCAAUGACCUAGCAGAUGAUGCAAACUAAGGACUUGUAUAUUUUAAACAAGUGUUUUUUUUUUUUUGGUUACAUGCAUUUCUCUAUACUGAGCUCAUUUAAAAAAACCAAACCAAAACACAAGGAAAACCAUGUUUCCAAAAUCUUUCACUCAGAACGCAAUGACCUAAAAAAAAUCUGUAGCGUUACAGCAUGUAUCACUGUUGUCUUAAUUUUUUUGUUUUCUUUUGUUGCAUAAACCAAUAAGACACCUCUUUCCUGCAUGGGUUGUGCUACCUUACACUAUGUUUCAGACAUGAAUCCGAAAUGCUGCAGCAUGCUUCAGUUAGCUUUAUUUUCAUAAACACAAGUAAUUCCAGUAAGCAAGUAAAGCAAAUAUAUAUAUUCAUUAUAAAUACAUGUGUAGGGCAGCCACAUAUAUAGAUAUACAGCAGUACCGUUCUGUAUUUGACCACAAGGUCUCAUCCAGAUCACAUUUACAGUUACUCAUUUGGCUUUUAUCCAAAGCGACUUACAUUUGAGUUCACACCUUAUGUCCCCUCUUGCCUCAUUCAUCUAGGAAUAAAAUGAAUUUUUAGUUUUAAUUUUAAUGUUUUGCGAAUUUUAUGUAGUAAAUUGCAUUCUAAUUUACAAUAAUGUGUUAUGUAUGUAAUAAAUUUUAGUUUUUCCAAAUAUUACGUAAACCUGCAAAAUGGACUGUAAAUGCACAGAUUUGGUGACAGUUGGGUUAUUUGUAAAAUUUGAAAGAGGUCGCUUUAAUUAAGUGCAUUUUGUGUUAAUUACACACUGACUGCAGUUGUGCUUUUGAAAAAUGAACACAAUAUUGAGAAAUGUGUGUAACCAAGUGUUAAAAACUAAACAAAAGCAAAAGCUUUUAAUGAAGCUCAAUACCGACUGGAGAUUGAACAGCCAGAAAUCUCAUCACUUGGUCAAGUCAUCGUCCCUCACAGCCCAACAGUGCACACCACGUUAUUGCCAAAUCAGGAAUAAAUACAUCUCUUCACCUGUGAAAGUCAUUUUUGUAAGAGCUGGACACCAGAAGACUAACUUGCAUCUUUAGUGAGGUUUUUCAGCCAGCUGACUGACUGCUUAUUAUUUUCAGCUUAUAUAAAUAGGUUGGUUUGUCCUUGUCCCCAGCUUUCUGUAGACCUGGUUUGUAAAGUAAAUUGGUGGAACAGGCCAUGUCAUCAGAGGCUUUACCUUGACCUUUAUGGCGUUUGAAACAUUUAUUGUAAAGAACUUUUUCUAAUCUUAAAAAUGUAGAGUAGACUUUUUUUGUUAACAUGGAAACAUUCUGCUAAUAAUGUGUAUUAAACUAUGGUUUGUCAGUGUUUCGGUGUUAACUAAGUUGGUCUAAUAAUUAAAUUGGAUUUUUUUCUCUCUCA